UCUACAGUAACAUUAAAUACAAGCAAAACAAAUUAAAUAAACGAUAAAAAAAAAAAUCCAAAAAGAAGUAAAAUAAUAAUAAUACGCUACCUGCGUGUCUGCAUUUCAAGCCCCAACGUGGUGUCCUACAUUGCCCCUCGUUUCAUUGUGUCUGCUGCUAGAACCGGCAAUGCCCACGCCACGCCCCCGGCAGCGAGUUUAGCAAUCCUACUACGGAGAAGGCUUGGCUCAUGAAUAUUAAUUACGUGACGCGCUGUUCUACUAAUCGUCUCAACGGAUUGGCUGAAAGGCAGACGUGGGUAAGUAGGCCGGAGCUCAGAAGGCAAAUAAACGAAUCACGACGAGCUCAUGAAUAUUAAUUAAGACGCGUGACAGGACGCUCAAGGGAGGUUACCAAGCAAUUUCAGCACUACUUAAUUGAUAUUCAUACUUUAACUUUGCCGUAGUGCGAUUCAUAAUUUCGCCAGUCGCCUAUGCACCACGUGGUGAACUGACGCGCACUACGGGCGUGGACCAAAGAGAGACCAUUUAAUAGUAAGCCAAAUGGAUCCGUGAAAAAAAAACAAAAAAAAAACCAAGCUAAUCAGAGUACAGUUUCCUUCGAAACCUUUGUGGAGUGAAAGAUAUGACUGAAACUACUCUAAUUAGUUUUUAUCAGCUGGUGACGUCGUAGUCUGAAGUGGAAGGCGGCAUCUUCAUUUUUAUACUUGUUUGUUAUGUUCACAGGAACCUAAUCUACAAGACAAGCCAGCUCACGUGGAGAACCUAGUUGUAAUUAUUUCGUGGAAUUCAAUGUUUGGUCUGUUUAUUGUUUUUUAUUUAUUUUAUUUUCAGUUUACGCCAGAGAUGGAGGCUGGUCACGACACGCCCCGUUUACGCUCAUUCAUCUCUCAUGAAGUUGCACUCUAAUCCUAAAACAUAAAUCCUCCAGUUUUCUGCAGUUUCCAAACAACAUCCACUUUCCAUAAACUGGUGCACAAUGAACGUUUCAGUAGAUUAGACCGAGGUCAUCAACACAGGCCUUUAAUCGUUCCUCCAGAGACCAGAUGGAGUCUGGCGUCGGAGUAUUUUACAAAGAGCAACAAGCCAUGCAUAACACAACAAGCUCACGCAAUAUGCAGUCACUGAAGAUAAAGUAGGGCAACCUAAAACCUCCAACAAACGCUGUGAAUCAUGCAUGAUGGCCUCCUCCCUUUUUUUGUCCAACAUAUUUCUUAAAGGUGCAGUGAAAAAGGUAGUGCUGUGGAGAAAUGAAAGGAAUAAUGGAAUAUAGUAUUAGUAGGUCAGUGAAUAUAAAGGCUGCAUAGUUACUUUAUGUGUAUGUGUGCUGUGUGUGUUAUGUAUGGCGUGUAAGACACCAUGAAUACCACACACACAUAAACAAACAUACACACAUGUUGGGUUCACAAUAUUAGAAACAAUUACAAAACAAUAUUCUAUUAAAAAAAAUUAUAACAUCUAAAACUUUGCUUCUUAUGUUGAAAUUAUUUUGUUUUAGGAAUGGGAACAAGAAAUAUAUAAAAAAGAUACUAAUUAAGAAAAUUAUGUUUGCACUUGCACUCAAUAAGUUUUUGUUUUAUGCCCAGGCACCCUUAACUGCACAGCUAGCCCAGCAGAUGGUGUCAGUGAAAUGUGCUUGAGAGUGCAGACAGGCCUUUCUUUUCCUCAAACGUCCUCGGUGAACUUGUGCCUAAUGUAUAGACACCAUUUAAACUUCUUACUAUCGCUUAUACUUAGGGAUUUAAUACUGUAAAACCUGACAUAUGUAAUUUUAUCAGAAAACUCUAGUUUUAAAAAUGUAGUUUAUUGUAUCUUUAGACAAAAUAAUAAUAAUAAUAAUAAUAAUAAUAAUAAUAAAUAAAAUCUUGCAUGUUAUUUGUUGAGUAUCAUACUCAACAAACUCUUCAUGGCUCAUAUAGUAUGACAUAGGACAAUAUGGUGCUCAUAGGAGGAAAAUUUUAUUCAGAGGCCCUAACUGAGCAAAACUAUGACAAUUUGUGCAGUUGCUGAUAUUUAUAGGGCCAAAAAGUAUUAUGAAAUUUGCAUAGUUUGUAAUUUAUAGAAAUUAGAUCUUUACAGUAAAACAGACUAAAUAUGCAGUAAAGAACAGUAAUAAGGACUAAAAGUAUAAAUAUCAGUUGUGACUCUAUAUCUAACAAUAAUAUGUCUUAGUAAGAUGAUAUUUAAAUGCUUAGUUUUUUUAUUUUUGAAUUUGUAUUGUGGGGGAAAAUAUAUAAUGCAAUGCAAUACAGUGUUGAUUGAGAUAUAUGUUCUUUAAAAACCCAGUGUAUCAUAUUUGAUACUUCAAUCAGUCCAGUAAGUGUUUAUCUUCAAAUUAUACUAAUAAUAUAUGUUAUUCUUAAAAUCAAACAUUUCACAGCAAAAAUACCCAUGAAUCACAACCUGAAGGUCAACAUUUUUACAAAAGGCCUUUUACAUGCUAAAAAAGCAUAAACUUACAAUGAAAGUGAUUGACACACAUUUUUGGAGGAUUUCAAAGUAUAAAUGUAAUGCAAUUUAUGUUAUGAAACAAAUGACAAUAACAAAGCCCCUAGAAAUUUCUUGCAAAUUCAUGAACAUGUUAUGAGAAGGCAGAGGCUCAGUUCAAGAUGUCCAUCGGUAUGCUGCAAGAUUUUGUUAGCUGGAUGGUCCCCUGGUGGGCAUCUGUCCUCUGAUUGGUUUCUGAGUGUCCAGUGGGUUUUUACAAAGGCUUAUCUCAACAUCUAUCCAUUCACUUAUGUGCUUAUGCUUGGUAAUGGUCUCUCCUAUGAAGUGCAGGGCUCUACUUUGAAUCCAAUCACUUAUGGCUAUGUCUCCGGUCUGUCUAGUGCUCCAAGAUCUCUGUCUAAUAAUGUUGCUCAUCUUUUUCAGUGCUGACUGCCACAAACUGCACCAAGAUCAACUUUGCAAGUCUACUUGCCCUGCUGUGCAGAAAGGGCAAAGGCACACAUAUAGAUACAGUACAACCAUAAACGGUGCUUGGAAAGGUCCUUCAUCAGGCGGCAGUCAGUUAGCUUUGGACUGUGUUGUUGACAUUGAUGUCCGACCAGGAUGUCCAGAAAUUAUAUUAAAGCUAAGGAACAUACAAAUAAAGCAUAGCUCUUCGAAAAGAGACAAUUCGGUGCUACGCUUGAAGAACAUAAGAGAGUCAUUGGAGAAGAACCCCCUGCGGUUCUGGCUCGAGGGGGGAAAGGUCACAAAGCUCUGCCCACAGGAGGCUGAGCAGGUGUGGACCCUCAACAUCAAGAGGUCCAUUCUGAGCAUGUUCCAGACCUCGCACUCGGGACGAGCCAGGGAGACAAUCAGAGAGACUGAUGUGUAUGGGACAUGUAUGAGUUCUUAUGAACAGAGGGGACCAUUGCUGGUGAAGAGCCGAAACCUCCAGCAGUGCCUCAGUGACAGAAUCGAUCAGUUUUGGAGGCACUCUGUCCCCCUGAAGGAUGGCAUGACGGUGAGUGCCAGCCUCACAUGCAACCAGCUCAAUGAUGGAACAAUGCUGAAGAAGGUCAACUGUACAGAAACAGUGUCACUGGUUCCGCUGCCAGGCCUCUUAGAAGUAACAGAAACUAAAACCAUUUCAAGCCUAACUCUCCUGAGAACCCUUGAAGUGAUUCCAUCAGAUUUGGUGCAGAACACCGGUCACUUGACCAGUAUUGUGUUUGAGGCUGAAGGCCAAAUCUCAGGCAGACAUGGUGGAGCAUCAGUUCAAGAGGUUUCCAAUACAGUGAGGAGGUUGUGUGCUCAUCUCGCAAACCAGCAACAGCAAUCAGAGCUUCUCCUGAAUCUGGUGCUCCAGUUGAGAACCUUGUCGUCCCAUCAGUUGAGAGACUUGUGGCAUGAGGCUUCCUUCAAAUGUCGAGAUGACUGGCAGCCCCUUCUAGAUACUCUGUCAGCCUGUGGAACUGAGGAUUGCAUCCUUGUCACUACAGACCUCAUACUCAACAAAGAAGUGGACCAGGAACAAAUCCUACCUCUCCUCAAUACUAUCAGUUUUGCUUCCCACCCUACUUCAUCCAUGAUUAGCCACCUUAGUGCUUUGCUGCAGAUACCUUUCAUCCGUCCAAAAGCACUGCUGGUUGUGUCUUCACUGGUCCAUGGUCUUUGUCAACAGGAACAGGGUCCAUGUCAAGAAAUCUCUGAAGUCCAACAGUUCGUCCAUGUUCUGAAUCAGAGUCUUGAUGCAGGAUGUGAAGUGCAUGAUCAUUUGCAGAUCACAGAGCUGCUGCAUGUGUUGAAAGCAGUGGAGAACGCAGGAGCGGCUGCAUCAGAUCUCCUCCCCACACUGAGCCGCUGUGUGCAGAAUCAGUCUGUGCCUCUGGAGCUUCGGCUGGCAGCUGUACGAGCAUUCAGGAGAAUCCCAUGCCGUCAUGACAGGACAACUCUUGCUCGGGCAUUUCAAAGCCAGCAGGAGAAUGUGGAGGUCAGAAUUGCAGCAUAUCAGCAGCUCAUGCACUGUCCAAACCAGGAGAUUUUCACAAUUGUGAAGACAACGUUAAGCACUGAGAAGUCUAGUCAAGUUGGGUCAUUUGUUUGGAGUCACCUUUUCAAUAUCCAGAAAACAGAAGAUCCCCUGAAAAAAGACCUGAUGGAGUCACUGCCAGAUGAUAUCAUAAGUAAAGACUUUGAAGCUGAACCAUGGAAAUAUUCCUCACAUAUGGACUACACAGUGGACACAGGAGUGGCUGCUGCUAACAUCGAGGGAGCUGUAGUUUUCUCCCCUGAAUCUUUUGUUCCACGUUAUGCUAUGGCAAAUCUAACAGUUCACGUCCUAGGCAGAGCAUUCAAUCUUCUGGAGAUUAGUCUAAGAAUGGAAAACCUAGAGCCUGUUCUGAAGAAAAUCUUUGAGCAGCAUCCUCUAGCAUCAGCCGAACACUCCAGACCUAAGGGUCAAACAGACUCUAUGAGACAUGAACAGAAAGGACGAAACAGCGACGAGGAACAAGGAGGCAGUGAUGGCUGUCAGUCCACUGGUUUGAGUUCCAUCAAGACUAAGUUCACAGAGCAGAUGAAAAGAGAUAGCAGGUUCCGAUGUUGGAUGAAUGUGAAGAUGUUCGGCAAUGACCUCACCUUUAUGACCUGUGAUGAUCUCCAUGCGUAUCAGAGAAAGCUGUCACUUAGUACAGCUGGUGUUGUUGUCAAGUUGUUAAAGGGUCAAGAGAUUAAAAUCAGUCAGAGGCCUAUUGUUCUGGCAGAGGAACUGGUUUUGCCAUCUCUCUCUGGAUUACCUAUGAGGCUAAGCAUCAACAUGUCCACUUUGUUCUCCCUCAGAAUUAAAGGCAUUGCUAACUAUAAGAAUUGGUCACAUUUCUCACUGGCUGGCUAUGUCAAACCAAAUGCAUUGGUUGCUAUCUCUGUGAGGGCUGGAGUGGAUGGAGCGUUUGGUCGUGUGGGAUUAGAGUGGGUCACUCAACUCAAAACCUUCACCAGCUUGGAUGGAGCUGUAUAUCUGCACCAUGGACAGAGCCUGAAGGUGGUUCUGAAUACUCCAGAAGAUGUCAUGGAUGUACUGACCUUCAACUCCAGAAUGUAUCGUGUGAGUGGGGAAAGUAAAGAGGAGCUCAUAGCUACAAGAAAUCUCAAGGAGAAGAACACUUGCACUCCUAAAGCAUGGUCUAAGAUGGUUGGAUGGCAGUUAUGCUCUGAUGUUAUUUAUCCUUUGACACUGAUGGGAAAAGGCUUCCCACCACUAGACCCUGUUCUUUUUACUCUCAGACUCCAAAAACUAGACAAAGGUCUCAACCAGUACCUCUUGGAGGCAGCCUAUACUUUUGUACCCCAGCGUAAUUCCUGGAUGCCACUGGAAGCCACUCUGCUUCUCUUUCUUGGCACACCGCAAUCCACUAUCCCCAGAGAUGUGUCCCUGGAUGUCAAUCUCAGUCCAAAAAGGCUGAUUCUGAAAAUAACACAUCCACUAAAAACCAUUCACAUUCAAGCGCAGCUUGAAGAAUUAAACAACCAACAUUCAGGCAGAAUCGAACUACUGAUAGACAACAUCCACCAUUAUUUUAUCAAGGGACUACUGGAGACAGUGAAUCUUGCUUCAGAGACGAGAGCCCACUUUCAUCUUGAUGCCAAAGUAGUAGCAGAUGGGCAUCCAUUCUCCCUCUCAGUCAACACCACACAUGCUCGCAGCAGGAAGUUCAUAAUACAGGCCUUGCUUAAAAAUGUCUUCAAUAAGGACGCAUCGCUCUCAGUGCAGCUUGAGAGAAGUCUGGAUGAUAGCCAGAGACUUUAUUCUAUAGAUGCUGGGUUUCUAUUGCCUAGUGCUGUCAGUAUCAGAGCUCUUGGGUUACUGAAGCAAAGGGGCUCAGAGUGGAGCUCUGCCGUGAGGGUCAGGUAUGGUGUACAAGAGGAUUCACAGAACAUGCAGGAGUGUCACGUGACGCAGAAGCUCCACAGCGAGUCUGACCCAGUCCAGACGUACCAUAUAACAGCAGCACAUGAACUCCACUGUUCCCAUUUCCUCAACCUAAACCACAAGAUUCACCUUAAACAUGAACGGAGCCCAAUCCACGUCCAGUCAUCUCUUGAUGUAAGCUAUGGAAAGCAGUGGAACCAGAGCAGCAACAAACACAGGAUCCUCUUCAAUCAGUCCCUCAGAAACCAGUCUGAACCCGGGCUCACCAGUUAUGCUGUGGAGCUCAGCCUGCGACUUCUAGACAGAGGACUGAAUUACAGAACUCAGCUUCUGCACUCUUAUUUCAAGAAACACAAAUCUGAGAGCAGCACCCAUCUGAAAAUCAACUACAACAACCAGAUGCCUCUAGUAGCUGGCCUCCACUGGAAGGACGUGUCAACAAAGACCUCCCUUCAAAAGUGGGAAGGUUCAUUUAACAUGGAUACCCCUUGGCUCUAUGUGUACAUAGCUCAAAAACUAACUCAGCCCCAGCGUGGCAUCACGCAGUUCAGCUCUGAGGUCACCACACGGAAACUGGUGAACAUGCGAAGUGUUACUCUGGAGGGUUUCUACAAGGAUAGGGGCAAAGAAAGACAAGGUCGGCUGCACCUUUUCACACCGACUGCCAGUUAUAUUAAGGUUGGUGGAUGGAACAUGCUGGGCAAGCGUGGAGUUAAAGCUUCAUGCUCCAUCAGCACAGCCUGGACACCAGCUUUGCACGGGCAGAUAUCUGUUGUCAAUGGCAAGCAAGUGAAGACUCUGGAAAUAAGUGCAGGCUAUGGCAAGCAGGACCUCAAUAUUUCUGCAGUUCUCAGUACUCUGGAUAAGAAGCUAAAGAAAAGGCUUUUGAUGAUGACAAUGACCCUGUCAGAUCUAAAAAACCCUUAUGCAGAGCUACAGAUGGAGGGUGCCAUAGAAGAGAUACGGAAGGAAAAGAAAAUUUAUCAGAAAAGAUGGAAGCUAAACUUCAGACAACCGUUUAAGUUUCUCCCUCAGAGUCUCAUCCUCCAGGAAACAUUCACAAGUCAUCUACAUCAGAAGGUUUAUACUUUAGAGUCAAAGGUUUUUGUCCAUGGAAACAAAAAGGUCAUUCAUGUCCUUACUCUGGGUUUUCAGCCACAGCAGCCAUACGUGUGCUCCUCAAUAGUCCAGUCUUUCAGCACUGAGAGAAUUCCCCAAGACUCAAAGAUCUGUGUUACUGUCCAAAACCACCAGACUGCUUAUGAAAUUCAGGGCAGGUUGUGGACUGGAAAUGAUGAAAUACUUGCAGCUUUUGGUCAAGUACAACUUCAUGACCUAACUACAUCUCAGCAAGGUAUUACAGUGAAAGCCAACCUGUCCCAGCUGUUUCAGCUGGAUUUCCCGACCUCUGUCAGCCUACAUAUUGAGGUGCUCAGGAGUCACAGGAACAACAGCGAGUUUGAAUAUCAUUCUGAAGGGAACGUUGCCAUUGAUGACAAUAAUUACCAUGCUAAUGCAGCAAUAACAGUAUCCCCUUUUGGAAACAUUAGCAGUUCUAUCAGCCUGAAGGCAAAUGAAAAAAAUGCAACACUUCAUUUUACUCUAGACAACAAGGUGGCAAAGGGCAUUAAUACUGUGUGCGUCCAUGCUGGCUUUCAUCAGACCUUAUUCCCAGGGGUCACUUCUGACGGUCAUAUUCAUUUAGCUGCUAAUUCUUCUUCAGAAAGUGUUUUCUUGCAGUGUACAGUUAAAAAGGAAGAGGAGACGUUUAAUGCUCACUUUAGUGGAACUUUACCAGAUGAUCAAGAGUGGCGAAUAUCUCUUUCAGCAGAUAUUUUCAAUUCAAUACAAGAUCUUGCUGCUUUACCUAAUUCAGCUAGUUUAGUUGGAGUACUAACCCAGUCAAAGGGUCUAACUGAAGGAGAGCUCACUGUAGUAGUGGAUGAUGCUGUAUAUGGGCUGGAAGUGACUCAGUCUCUGUGUGUAAACAUCAACAUUAAUUUAACACAUUGUGGGUGCAGAAGUCUUCAUACCCAGCUGUCUCACUCUUUCCCUUGGCUUCGUUCUGCAGGGCUUCCGCUGAACAGCAGCGCAGGUGUGUAUUUGAACUGGAAUGGCAGUAGUGUCUGUGCCCAACUGACGCUGCAUGCAGGGGCCAGCGGCCCGACAGCUACACUGGAGCAGAGUUCUCACCACAGCUCACAAACUACUGGAUGCUCUCAGGUGAACUGCACAGAGGGGAUUGACACAGGCCACCUGCUGGGCGUCUGCUCUGGGCAUGACCAGGAAGACUCACUGAAGGUUGGAAUCAGAGCCGGUCUUUAUAACUCCCAGAGGUCAGCUUUCUCAUUUGAUCUUCAAGGUCACCAGGAUAUCUCCAGGUGCAGUAGUCUUUAUUAUUUGUUUGCUUUGCAUACAUACCUGCCAUCUGAGUUUCACUUAAAAUCACAGUUGAGCCACACACGCUCUUCAGUAAAAGGUACUGCAGAACUUCUGGUCGGUGUGAGCGGUUUGGCUUUUGAAGCAGAGAUCUCGAGUACAAACUCUGGCUUUAAACAAGUGCUGAUGUUCAAUCACUCAAUACCUCAGCUACACUUGUUGCCCAGGAAUCUGGCAUUGAGGACACGCUACGGUGGAAAAAGAGGGUCACACACUCUCACGCAUCGAGCACAGUGGGAGAAUCAGGAUUUAACACAGACCGAUGGUGUCACACAGUUACAAAGUUAUCCAGAACUGUCAGGAAAGACUCAGGGUUGGGGUUUGGAUCUUAGGGUAGAGAAUGACAUUCAGAAGAAACUAGGUGAUCUGAGUGUCGACUGGAUUCUGUUUGGACGCCAUGAUCAGGUCAGAGUUCAAGGCUCUUGGACUUUGGUGAGCAGAAAAACUGAUUCAUUAGAACAGAAACAACCCUUUAUCUCAACACUGACUCACUUUCACAUACAUUCCCUGUCUCACGGACCCGGCCAAAGGCACGACAGCAACAACCAGGCCCAUCUUUCUUGGGAGCACGGAAAGCCUAUAAAUGUUUCUGUAACAGUGAGCGAGCACUGGCACAAUGACUUAAGCAGAGGGCAGGCCUGUAUCUUUCUCUCACCAGGACAGAUACAGUCGUUGCUCCCCCUAGUGGAGAUGGAGGGAUGUGUUGCUGUAGCUCAAGAGGGGGAGGCCUACUCCCAAAACACAGAGCUCAAAUGGAAGGACAAGAGGAUAACUCAAAGCAUGAAAUACCAGGAAGGAGUAAAAGGAAUGCACACACUCCUUGUGGAGGUGGGGGCCCAAAACGUCUCUCCGUCUCCAUGUCCAUCUCACUCUCUUCUGACCCAGAUACACACCAACCUGAGGGACCGUCUUGAACACCAUGUUCAGAUCGGCCUCUGUCCUCCACAGCCUGCUUUAAUUUGGUCUGGAUCUCACAGAGUGAACUCAGGCAAGGAGCUGCUGUACACUCACACCCGUGUGUCUGUGUCCGGACACCCUCAGCACAACACCUUCACAAUGACGCUCAGAAACAUCAGCAGCAGUCAGCGCUCCAACUACUCACUGAUCACAGAGUGGCGGGUAGGAAACUGGAGUGUGGAAUUGGCCUGCAGUUCUCUGUCUUCAGGCAGGAACGUGGUGGUCCAGGGUCAUGCAAAACUAGACCGCAGUGAAAUGCUCUGGAUGCAGGGGGCACUGGGAAAACGCUGCCUUCGAGCUGCUGCUGGAUACGAUACUGGUGAAAUGUCUGAUGAAAUCAGAGUGGUGUUUUGUUCGGAGGGACAUCACUGGUUUACCCUGGAGGCUCAGCGAGGCGGUCGUGGCAUUGAAAAUGAGUCCCUUACCCUUAUUUCUGUAGGAGCAGCCAAUCAGAGUCUGCUAUUUCAAGCUAAGGGAUGUAGGGAAUGCCUGUGGGCUGCGGAGGCACGGCUCCAGCAGCUGGGGUCUCGGAUAAGGAGUAAACUGUUGGACAGAGUUCAGAGACUUCAGCAUCUACUGUUAACUUUCAGACGACAGGCAGGGGACAGCAUGUUCCUGCUGGAGCUGAGUGAGGGGCCGCUGUCUCUGACUCAGCAAGCCGAGACUCUGCUACUUCAGAGAGCAGGAGUGCUGUGGAAAGCAUGGACCACCGGCCUGCUCCGACACACGCUCACACACAGCCUACCGCACACGCUCCAUGUCCUGCAUCUCAUAUCUCAACAGGUCCAACAAGAGCUCAGGAAACCCCUGGCUACCCUAGCUGGAGCAUACCACGAUGUGACAGGGGUGCGUUUGGACAUGGCGUGGCAGCAAGGAGUGCAGCUGUGGACCAGAGAACUGACGGAGCUUUUGCCUGCAAUACUUCACGAUCCUCAACUGAGGGCGCCAUCGCUGACCGCUUUGCAUGUUGCCAUUUUUGCAAUAGACAUGGUGGGCCAGCAGACCUUUCAGUGGAUGGAGGCCCGAUCGGCUGCCAUGCUAGUGGGUAUCAGAAGGCAGCUAGCAAUAAUGUAUAAGUUCUCCAAAAGUGAGGGUGAGGUGAUCUUUAGAGUGCCACUUCCUGUGGGCCCCUGGCUGAAGGUGGAGGAGGCAGGUGUAACUGAAGUUCUUCUGGAGGAGUUUGUCAUGAAGCCUCUACUGGCCUUGAAUUCUGUGAGUCCUACAGCAGAACUCUACCGGCUGAAGAGGAGGAUAAUGGACAGUCCCGUUAACUAUCAGGCAUUUCUAGUGGAAGAUGUCUAUUUGGUGUCAUUUGAUGGACAUCUGCUCAAACUCCCAGCUUCCUGUGACUUCAUCCUAGCAGCUGAUGUCAUCCAGCACACCUUCAGCAUUGUGCUCAAAUCCGACAGGUUCAAACGUCGCUCGCUUGUGGUGCAAAUGCAAAACACAAAGAUUGCAAUUCACCCAAAUGGAGAGGUGGAGGUUAAUUGCCAGGUUGCACACAUACCAUACACUAACCGUGAAGUGGCUAUCAGAAAGGAUGUGAAUUUAAUUGAGGUGUCCAAUGAGAGAGGACUUCGGGUAUCAUGUGACCCUCAGCUAGAAGUUUGUAGUGUGAUCCUAGAUGGAUGGCUUCAUGGUGUGUCCACUGGUCUUUUAGGAACCAAUGAUAAUGAGGCAGCUAACGAGCUUCUUCUGCCAGAUGGCUCUCACACAAACAGUGUGCUUCAGUUUACUCACAGCUGGCAGGUGGAUUCAGAAUGUGUCAGCAGGAAAGCUGAAGUCUGUCAGAAUGGCACUGCUGACUCCCUGUCGUGUACAUUUCUGUUCUCCUCUGCAAAUUCUCCUCUGAGCCCCUGUUUCAGAGUGGUGGACCCUGUGCAGUUCAUGAUGAAGUGUGAAGGACUGGAGUGUGUAUGUGAUGAGCGUGCAGAGGUUUCCAGACCAUCCUUUUGCACAUUGGCCUCUGCCUAUAUCCAUCAAUGCCAUAGAAACUACGUUCCACUGGAGCUGCCAGUGCAGUGCGUGUAAGGGUGGUGUCCGGAUUACUCCAGUGAAGACAUGAAGCAUCAGCUGACCUGUUUGAAAAUUAACAGUAACAUGUACAAAAUCAUUACUAUAAGUAUCUUUAUUACUAAUACAGUUGUUAUUAUGUACUAUGACAAACUGUUUUUUUUUAUAUAUAUUUUUGGUGCCUUUUUUACAAUAUGCAGCAUUUUAUGUAACCAAGAAAAUAGAAUAUUUUAUUAAUGAUAGUAAAUAAAUGUUAAAAAAUUCUAAAUGUAUUUGUAAAGUUAGAAAAUAAUACAUCAGUAUAAUUUAAUAUUUUUAUUGUUUUUAUUUAAUCUUUUUAGCAUAUUACAUGUUAGAUAACUGUGUUAAUUACUAGAGACUAGAGUAAUAACAACAACUAGCAUAUGUCUAAUUACAAGCAGCGCAACAGAGUAAUUACACAAGUAUUUUUUACUUUGAAGGUAUAUUUGCCACAUUCAUUUCAAUAUACGGAAGCUAUGUUUUUCUAAAUAAUUACUUAGAAAAUAAAUCAAAAGAUGAAGCAGUUUGGACACUACACAACUUCACUGUGUUAUGGAUGUGCAUUUAAAAAAGUUGAUCUUAAUGAUCUAUCUAUGAUAACGUAUAAUAAUGAAUAAUGUGCAUUAGCUCUCUACAUUGUAUUUGAUUCCCUGCCAAUAAAAGCUUCAUAGA